UGAUAUCAUGAGACAAUCGAGGCGAUGCAACGAGAGCCCAAUGAUGAAAUCAGAAAACAAAUGGAUAUUUAACCAAGAACCGGAGGACUUCGGUUAUUGGCUAAGAACCACCACUGUGGUUACAGUCAACUGUAUGUUAGAAGAAGUCGUCCUUUCCCGAAUUGACGAAGGAGACAUGAUAAACACGCCACUAGGAAAAACCAACGUAUCUCAUGGAUCUCUAUCCCAUAACCAUCUAACAUUAUUUUGGAUCGACACCUACGGAAAACCAGCUGAUAUCGUAAUCCGACAAUUAGAGAAAGGCGUGGGAUUCUGGUACGAAUCUUCAACGAACGGGACUUGGAUCCUCCAAGACGACUCCAAACAGUUGGACUUUCACGUACGGUUGACGUCACGCUGCCAAACCGUGAAAUGUGACAAAAAAAUAGACAGUUGGACCGUGAUCGGAGACAACCAUUUGUUCAUCAUUAAAUACCCAUUGGGACCUUCCGCAGUUACCGUACCAUCCAUCAUCAAGGAUAUUGUGACAAAAAGAAAUGACCCUUUAGAUAUCAACAUCCGACAAAACGCAAGAAUCCAGUAUUUGGAGGACGCCGCCAUCCGUCACGAAAAUGAACUUAUCCGCGUCAUCCAGAGCAUGCAGUGUGACCAACGACGUGCUAAGCACGCACAAGCCGUGUCAACUGCCCAAUACAAUGGAUGGCUGGCAGCCGCACAGCUGGGUCUUCGGCAAUGCAUCAAACUGAUCGCCACCGGAAACAUCGUCUCAGCCCUACAAUGCACCCCUACAACAGUAAAUUUCACGACGGAUACAACCACUUGUGGACCUCAACCGCGGUUCAACAAUUUCACCAUUGGCCGGUCCGGUUGGGAACUCACUGCUUUUACGCCAUGCUACUGGGCUGGAGGUAUCGUGAAUUUUAACGACAAACCUCACGCCUAUCGCAAUAACACGUGGCAACCGGUCGAAGCAUCCGUCGUCAUCCCACAGCGUGAUUUGGCUGACGCUUUCCGAUAUCAAGACGUCAACUUCUUCGAAUAUCAACAUCAAACCAACCCCGCUUAUACGGAAACCCUCAUUAGCCCAAUGGAUAUAAUGGCCGAUAUCACAGCCUCCAUGAACGAACAUUCACUGACUGUCCCCAAUCAAAUUACAGGGACAUCGGCUAUCGUCGUAUCCGCAGCCGAGAAAGCAGGUCUCGGAACCUUUACCAAUUGGUUCGAGAAUUUUAAAGUCUACUCAUUCAUCAUCCUGCUCAUCGCUAUUUUCCUACUGAUCGCUCGUGCUUGUUACGCCCUCGGACUUUGUGUGAACGAAAUUUGCUUUAACAACUUAAUCGAGCUUGGAACUGAUCCUUCUGCAGGAUACUGUACCUCUCCGAGUAAUAACCGAUCAAUGAUUUUUCAGAUUGCCAGGGUUGUUAAUAUCGGUAUCGGAUUCGAUACCGAUAGUAGCGCCGCUAGCGAUACUCAGUAUCGGUACACUAUCGGCGCUCCUUUCAAAAACAGGUAUCGGAAGACUAUCGGUCGAGUAUCGAUCGAUACUCGAUACCGAUACUUCGUCUGCAAACCUUUUUUUGUGUAUCCGCCGAAUUACUGUUCUCUACAAUGUCAACUCGCGUUUUCGUUUGUGAAAGUUGUUUUGAAUUUCGUGGCCCAGCUUCUAAAGUAUUCCUACUUGUAUAAAUGCAAGAAAUGUGCUCUUAAUGCGCUAAAUAAGGACAGUAAAGAGUCGUUGCUUUCAUGCAGUGACAUCUCUAGAAAUAAUCUAAAACAACAUUUGAAGUCAAGGCAUCCAUGCUUGGUUGAUGCUUUUGAAGAGGCGUGUAAGAAAGGAGGAAAGGGUGUUAAAAGGAAUGCAAUUUGCAUGGAUGAACCUGAUGCCUCAGGAUCGCUCUCUCAACCAACCAUUAGAGAUUCUAUUUCUGGCAAACGUCAUAACAUUUCUAUUACGCAGUCACAGUUUGAUGAGCAGCUUCUUGAUUAUAUGGUAGGAAGCCUUCUGCCCAUUAGGCAUGUUGACAGUAAAGAAUUCAAAACUUUUUGUAAUGGAAUAUCUCAUGGAAACUUCAAAAUUAUGUGCAGACAGUCUAUCACAAAAAAGAUUGAAGACAGGUUUCAAGCAUCAAAACAAGCACUAGCCCAAAUUUUUUCUAAGUUAACCUCCAUAUGCACGACAGCUGAUGUGUGGAAAUCUCGUGGUCGAUCCUACAUGGGUGUUACCUGUCAUUGGCUUGACACCGAAACUCUUCUUAGAAAAAGUGCAUGUCUCGCGGUGAGACGUGUCUUUGGAAGUUAUACAUAUGACGUUGUAGCCAAGACUUUAUUCGCUGUGCAUAAAGAAUUUAAGGUUUUCCGCAAAAUUGUUGUUACAAUAACUGACAGUGGAUCUAACUUUCCUAAAACUUUCCGGGUUUUUUCUCGUGAAAAUGAUGUUCAGGUUGAUGAAGAUGUUGAUGAGGAAUACGAAGAUGAGGAAAUCGACUUAGUUGAGAUUGAUCAUGUCCUAGACGAAUGGCAUGGUAAUGUGAACCAAGAGAUCUAUCCUCUGCCACCUCAUAAAAAAUGCGCCUGCCAUUUGUUGAACUUGGUUGCAGCAGUUGACUGCGAAAACGCUCUCAAACGUGAUUCUUAUUCAUCACUUCAUCGAUCUACAUUUGCAAAGCUUCAUACUCUUUUUAAUAAGCAGAGUCGUAGUACCUUAGCUGCAGAAAAAACAAAAGAACUAUUGGGUGUUCUGUUUGUCAUCCCUAAUGCAACACGUUGGAAUGCCUGGUUUGAUUCUGUAAACCAUGUAGUUAAACUUCUUGAAGCUGAUUGUAACAUCUAAGAACACGAGAAAUUGCUAGAGAAUUUAAAUUUGUUAUGCGAACAUCAUGGGGUCGGGGAUUUCAAGUCACAGGAGGUUUUGUUUAUGGAAAAGUAUGUUUCUCUAAUGAAGCCAGUUGCAACGGCUUUAGAUAUUUUACAAGGGGAAACGGGGAAUCAGGUAACGGCUGGCCAUUUGCUACCAGCCAUUGUUGUGAUUAAGCGACAAAUUAAUGACCUUAAACCUUCAAGGAAAUUGAAAGUGUGUUCUCCCUUGGCAACUGCUUUACUUGAAGGCAUCGAGAAAAGACUCAGAAUUUUUUUUCUGUUAGAUGAGCUUCGAUUUACUUCCGCAGUUCAUCCAAAAUUUAAAUUCAAUUGGUUGGCUGAUGGCUUUUCUUCAGUAGAAG